AUGGCAAUUCACUGGAAGUGAGGAAAGACAUGCUGCAGCUGUCCAUGAAGCCUACGUGCAAGAUGUGUAGCCCUGCCUAAGCAUUGAUAAGGCAAAAAGCAUACGUUAUCAAGGCAGAAAUGAAGCGAGACAAGGACAGCAAGGCGAAGGCGGACCGGCACGCCCUUUUAGCAGCGGCAGCCCUUCAGGACCACCUCGCUCGGCGACUUCGCAUGCCGGGUGGCCCGGCGGUGCAGCCCUCCCUGGAGCCGGGCGCGCCCAUGACUCUGGCCCAGCACCUGGGUCUCAUCCCGCGGCCGCCGCCGCUGCUGACGGAUGACCAGUGGACGGAGGUGCACCUGCGCAGCCGGCUGAGGCAGGACUCGGCGAACGAGUGUGUCAUCUGCAGGGAGGAGUUCCAGACCGGAGCACAGGUGCUGUUGUCAUGCAGCCACACCUUCCACCGCCACUGCCUGGCGUCCUUUGAGCGCUACAGCCGCGCCAAGACCUGCCCGCUGUGCCGCGCGGAGCAGUACCAGAAGCGCCCCAUCACCGACGGCCAGCAGCUGUACACACACAAGUGCGCCACGCGUAUCCAAGCCGCCUGGCGCGGCCACGCCGCCCGCCGCGUCUACCGCGAGCUGCAGCGGCGCCACCCGCCCAAGGAUGAGCGGCUGCGGAAGAAGUGGGCGGCGGAGCGGCUGCAGGAGGAGAACGACCGGCUCCUCUCCGAAAUGGAGGACGAGGUGGGCGACCUGGACAGUCUGUUUGCGGAGCUGGACGCCAGCGUGGCCAAGAGCCGAGAGGUGUGUGACGCUGCGCUGCGGCCGCUGGCAGCGCGGCUGCAGCAGGGGCUGAUGCGCGAGGCGGCCGCGGAGGCGGCCGCGGCGGGGGCAGGCGGGCGCGGCGGCACGGGCCGGCGGCGGCGGGCGGCGGGGGAAUACUGUGAUGAUAGCGGCGAGGACGAGGAGGUGGAUGAGGAGGAGGGUGCGUCGGCGUCCGGGAGAGGCGGCCGGCUGGCGCUGGUGGAGUCGGGCACCGUGGCGCCGGCGGUGGCGCGCAGCGGCCAGCAACACCUGGCCCUGCAGCUGGGGCGGGCCGGGCUGGGCGUCAGCCUAGGGCUGGGCGCGGACGGCGCAGGCCACGCAGGAGGAGCAGCGGGGGCAGGAGCAGCAGCAGGAGGAGCAGCGGGAGCAGUAGGCGGGGUAGUUGGUGGUGGCGGGGGGCCGGGCGCCCGCCCAGCGACGGCUGCAGAGGUGGACUGGGACGCGGUGGUGGCGCGGGCGCGGGCACGUGGCACGCAGGACUGCCCGAUCUGCCUCGGCCACAUCUCGCGCCGCGGCAACGAGGGCAUCGCCUGGCUGAGCUGCACGCACUGCUUCCACAUCGACUGCAUCAUGGCCUUCGAGGCAUUCGAGCUGGCGAGCGGAGGCACGCCCUCCUGCCCCGUGUGCCGCAGCGGGUACCGCCGGCGCUGCUUCACUUGAGGGCCAAGGUCCCGCCCGCGGGUGUGGGCGUGCGUGGUUGGUGGUGGCAGAGGCGGAGGAGGAGGCGGAUGAGCGAGGAGUGCGCACGGCGUGGCGUGGCGUGGAAGUGAGCGAACAUGCGUGAUGCGUCAUCGCGUGCAGCAUGCAUGCUGGGAAGGAGAGGCCAGUUGGGCGGAUGGAGGGAUAUGAUACGGUACAUGGCCCCAUCUGCGGUUCAACCUCCAAUGUGUCCCGACCCUACCCCAGCAGCGGGUGAACCAUGAUUUGUUGGUGCUGCUGAUCAGUAGGGCUUUCGCGCGGUUGUUCUUCAUUGCUGAGUGGUACUGAGACUAAAACCCGCACUUGGCCGUCGGCCGGACGGCCUACGCUGUAAUGUAGCUGAGCA